CAAGAAACCGUCAAAACACGAAUGGAAUAGAGUUCGUUUCGUGAUGCUUGCUUGCUCUAUUUUCAAGUCACGUCGGACCGAUGUUUGAGGAAAAGAUUAUGGAUAUUGGUGAAGAUGUAAAAUCUUUCAACUCUUCUGAUACUAAAGUUGAUCCAGCAGUACCUGCAUCUUUGACAUGGCAAAGAAAGAUAGACAGUGACGCAAAGCCUCCCCGGGAAUUCAAUCUGACUGCUAAAGAGAUUUUUCAGCUGGCUCCUGUUGGCAUUCGGUUAUGGUUUCUUUGCAGAGAAGAAGCUGCUAAAGGAAGGUUGGCCUUCAUAGAUCCAUUCUCUAGGCACUCUGUAACAUCUUCCCAUGGUGUUCCACUUGGAGGUAUUGGUGCUGGUAGCAUAGGAAGGAGUUUUCAAGGUGAAUUCCAGCGAUGGCAGCUAUUCCCUCCAAAAUGUGAAGAUGAUCCAGUUCUAGCAAAUCAAUUCUCAGCAUUUGUUUCACGUGCCGAUGGUAAAAAGUACUCGACCGUUUUAUGUCCUAGGAAUCCAAAGCUCGGAAAACAAGAUUCGGAAUCAGGAAUUGGUUCCUGGGACUGGAAUCUGAAAGGAGACAAGUCUACAUACCAUGCUUUAUAUCCAAGGUCUUGGACAAUGUAUGAGGGUGAACCUGAUCCAGAGCUUAGGAUAGUUUGUCGUCAAGUUUCACCAUUUAUACCUCACAACUACAAAGAAAGCAGCUUUCCUGUAUCUGUUUUCACUUUCACACUUCAUAAUCUUGGAAACACUACUGCGGAUGUGACAUUGCUCUUCACUUGGGCGAAUUCUGUUGGAGGAGACUCAGAGUUCUCAGGUGGCCACUACAACUCCAAAAUAAUGAUGAAUGAUGGAGUCCAGGGUGUGCUCUUACAUCAUAAAACCGCAAACGGAUUACCAUCAUUGUCAUAUGCGAUUUCAGCUCAGGCGACUGAUGGUGUUAGUGUCUCAGCCUGCCCAUUUUUCAUAGUAUCUGGAAAGCAGAAUGGAAUCACAGCAAAAGAUAUGUGGCAAGCUGUCAAAGAGAAUGGUUCUUUUGAUCACUUCAAGGCUUCUGAGGCGUCAAUGCAGUCAGAGCACGGGUCAUCGAUUGGGGCAGCAGUAGCAGCUUCUUUAACAGUCCUACCGGGAGAGUCACGCAUUGUCACAUUUUCUCUGUCUUGGGACUGUCCUGAAGUGCAGUUUCCUAGUGGUAAAAUUUAUUCCCGGCGUUACACAAAGUUUUAUGGCAAUCAUGGUGAUGCUGCAGCACAAAUUGCACAUGAUGCUAUUCUUGGACAUAGUCAAUGGGAGUCCUGGAUAGAAAAUUGGCAAAGACCAAUACUUGAAGACAAAAGACUACCUGCAUGGUACCCUGUCACUCUCUUCAACGAGCUUUAUUACCUUAAUUCAGGAGGAACUCUUUGGACAGAUGGAUCAUCCCCAGUACAUAGCUUGGCAGGAGUCAGAGAAAAUAAGUUCUCACUUGAUAAAUCCCAACUCGGUCUGAAGAAUGAUAUCGAGGUACCACAUCAGAAUGAUACAGCUAUCUCUGUCCUUGAAAAGAUGGCUUCUACACUUGAGCAACUUCAUGCAUCAACAGCAUCAAACUCUGCAUUUGGCACAAAAUUACUUGAAGAAGGAGAAGAGAACAUUGGACACUUCCUUUACUUAGAAGGCAUUGAAUAUCGUAUGUGGAACACUUAUGAUGUUCAUUUCUAUGCAUCUUUUGCACUAGUGAUGCUUUUUCCAAAACUGGAACUUAGUAUCCAGAGAGACUUUGCUGCUGCGGUGAUGCUACACGAUCCCACUAAAGUGAAAACUCUUAGCGAGGGACAAUGGGUUCAAAGGAAGGUUCUUGGUGCAGUUCCUCAUGACUUAGGCAUCAAUGACCCUUGGUUUGAAGUCAAUGGAUAUACUCUUCACAAUACAGAUCGUUGGAAAGAUUUGAACCCCAAAUUCGUCCUCCAGGUGUACCGGGAUGUAGUUGCCACAGGCGACAAAAAGUUUGCAUCAGCGGUCUGGCCUUCAGUGUAUGUUGCAAUGGCAUAUAUGGCUCAGUUUGACAAAGAUGGCGAUGGAAUGAUUGAGAACGAAGGAUUUCCAGAUCAGACUUAUGAUACAUGGUCCGCGUCUGGUGUAAGCGCUUACUGUGGUGGACUUUGGGUGGCUGCACUGCAAGCUGCAUCCGCAUUGGCACGCGUAGUUGGUGACAAGAACUCUCAAGACUAUUUCUGGUCAAAGUUUCAGAAAGCAAAACUUGUAUAUGAAAAGAAGUUGUGGAAUGGAUCUUAUUUUAACUAUGACAACAGUGGAAGUCAGUAUAGCUCAUCUAUCCAAGCUGAUCAACUAGCUGGUCAAUGGUACGCGAGAGCAUCAGGGCUUUUGCCUAUAGUAGAUGAAGAUAAGGCAAGAACUGCCUUGGAGAAAGUUUAUAACUUCAAUGUGAUGAAGAUUAAAGAUGGGAAACGUGGGGCUGUAAAUGGGAUGCAUCCCAAUGGAAAAGUUGAUACAGCAUCGAUGCAAUCACGAGAGAUAUGGUCCGGUGUUACAUAUGCGUUGUCUGCAACAAUGAUCCAAGAAGGUCUAGUUGAUAUGGCGUUUCAGACUGCAAGUGGUGUCUAUGAAGCUGCCUGGUCUGAAGCCGGACUCGGGUACUCCUUUCAGACACCUGAAGCGUGGAAUACGAAUGAUGAGUAUAGAUCACUGACUUACAUGCGUCCCCUUGCAAUAUGGGCUAUGCAAUGGGCACUAACAAAAACCAAUCAAAAACAGCAACAACUUGGUCUUGAACCAGAACAAGAACCAGAAGUAGAGACUAACUCUUUAAUGAAACAUGAUAUCGGGUUUUCCCGGGUUUCUAGACUUCUGAAUCUACCUAAUGAAGCAUCAGCCAAAAGCACACUGCAGACUUUGUUCGACUAUACUUGCAGGAGAAUAAUGUCAUAGAUUCAUUUUGCACUUAUUUAUGCAAUCACUCAUUGUUUCCGUACAUUACGGCCUGAUUAGUAACAAUUGCUUGUUGGAUUGUCGAAAGUUCAACCACUAUACUAUAAUACUUUCAGCACAACAGAUUUAUCGUUCCUAAUAUUGACAAGGUAGUUCCAGUAUUCAAAGGAUAAACAUAAACAUGUGUUUCUAGA